CGCAUAUUUUCAAUCCAGUUAAGUCAAAUUACCUUAAAAACUCUAUUGAUCACUAAACUAUUAUUGACACUGAUAAACCCUAACCGUUCAUAGGGAGGUUUUACACGUGAAUCGGGAAUAAUUAAAAUAUAAACAAGGAAAUUAGGGUUAAGUCGUCGUAACCGACCGUACGAAAGCAAAGAAAUUCAAUUCAGUUGUUUAUGUGGCGUGUGGCCCAUCCCAGCUCGUCUGUGAAUGUGUGUGCCGUGCCAAUAAUCAAUUUUUUCCCCUAAUAUGUAUUAAUGGAUUACUGCAGUUGUUGAUAAGAUAAGGCAACAAGGAAUAAAAACUGUUAGAUACAUUAUUAUAGAAAGAAUUAAGGCCCCGCUAUGCCUGAAGAAAAGAAAAUCUCUGCUAUAGCCGAGAACAACGAGGGUUCCCCCGCAAAAAGAUUAGCCUUAUCCAAGGACGUGAAGGGCAGCAAAAAUGGACUGUUUGAAUGGACCGAAGUGGUCAUGUUGGACGGAUCCACUUUGCCUUUGAAUAUUGAUAGGAAAGCCAAGGGCAGAAACCUUUUGGAUAAAGUGUGCGAAGCCAUUAACCUGAUAGAAAAAGACUAUUUCGGACUGGUUUAUGCCGAUAGGCAUGACACAAGAAACUGGUUGGAACUCGACAAGAGAAUAGCCAAAUUCAUGAAAAACGAACCAUGGAAGUUUACUUUUCAAGUAAAGUUUUAUCCCCCAGAUCCUGCACAGCUCCAAGAAGAUAUUACAAGAUAUCAAUUAUGUUUACAAAUCCGCAAUGACAUCUUAACAGGGCGGUUACCGUGCUCCUUCGUAACACACGCCCUCUUAGGGUCGUAUUUGGCCCAAUCCGAAUUGGGGGACUACGAUGCGGACGCGAUGCCCCGCGGGUACCUCAAGGAUUUUAAAAUCGCUCCCAACCAGAACCAGGACCUCGAGGAUAAGGUUUGCGAGCUUCACAAGACCCACAAGGGUCAAAGUCCAGCCGAAGCGGAACUCCACUACCUGGAAAACGCGAAGAAACUCGCCAUGUACGGCGUCGAUCUGCACCCGGCCAAAGAUUCCGAAGGGGUGGACAUAAUGUUGGGGGUGUGCGCCUCCGGUCUUCUGGUUUAUCGCGACCGUUUGCGCAUCAACAGGUUCGCGUGGCCGAAAAUCUUGAAAAUCAGCUACAAACGGCACAACUUCUACAUCAAAAUCCGUCCGGGCGAAUUCGAACAGUUCGAGUCCACCAUCGGGUUCAAACUGGCCAAUCAUCGGGCGGCCAAGAAACUGUGGAAAACCUGCGUCGAGCAUCACACGUUUUUCCGGUUGAUGUCCCCGGAGGUCGGUCAGAAGAGUUCUCUGUUUCCCAGGUUGGGAUCCAAGUUUAGAUAUUCCGGUAGGACCCAUUAUGAAACGAAGAAAACUCCGAUAGAUCGGCCCGCACCUCAGUUCGAGAGAUCUUUAACGGGGAAACGGUUAACCUCUCGAAGUAUGGAUCCUUUAAGUCCUAUAAGACCCGAAGACGAGUAUGCAGAACCGAAUAAGAGACAUACGAUGUCGCACCCUCCUGAACGGAUACCGGAUGUAGAUAACCAGAGCCCCACUAAAGUGAAAAAAGAGAAAGAGAAGUAUCAUGGCCGCAAACCCAGCUCCGCCUCGGCGAAAUCCGGCAGCACCGCCAGUUCCGUGGAGGGCGAGUAUGACGCAGAUAAAACCCAAAAGAAACCUGUGGGGGGUAUCGCGGUGUUGCCGUCCGGCGGAUUGUUCGGUAAAAAGAAGGACAGAGACAACGAGAAGGACAAGGAGAACCAUAGCGAUAACGUGCAAAAUGGCGGCGAUGCCGUUGAACAGUUGAACACGAGCAACGAGAGCGAGAAAACUCCCAAAGACAAGAGGUCCAAGAGCCCCGGCUUCUUGUUCGGCAAAAAGGAGAAAUCCCCCAAAGAAAAACAGGAAAAAGAGAAACUUACCGGACAAGAAAACGACCGGGGGAAAUCCCCGCAGCAACUACCCGGAUACACCAAAGAGUACGACUACGAGGCGCAGGAACAACCCGCGAGUCCCCGCAAACCCUUUACCAAAGGUUUCAGCUACGAAAAAUCCCCCACGGCGUCCAAGGGGGAUCCGGACAACCAGCAGAGCCCUAAUACCAAAAGGGCCACCGCGACCGCUUUCAAUUACGCCCCUGGGGGGGAUGUGAUCGAAAAGUUGAGGAGGCACGACCCCAAAGCGGACACAGCGGCGUUUUUAGCGGGAGAACAGUACGAAAGGGAACCGAAGGCUGCCCCGAUUGUCUUAGGUGGAGUGAAAAAGAGGCCGAUCGAGUUAUUCGUGGUCACCGGACCGAGGGACCCUAAAACCGGGCGAGUUGACUUGGACCAUGCCACCUCCGAAACCACUUUGGGGCAACAAAACGUUGAUACCGGCCUAAUUGAUUGCAAAUACGGCUUAAUAGAUCCGUCUAAUGGUACGGUUAUUAUAACCGAUCCGGUGCAAGGACAGAAGGAGGUCGUCCAGGGGUACAUAGACCCUAUCACUAAACAAAUCGUCAUUACCUCAGGCUCGGUUAUCGACCCGAAGACUGGCAAGAAAACCUCAAACCUAAGCCAAAUCAUCGCAAUUCGUGGAGAGGAUAAAACCGCUAGGAAACCGAUAGGGGGCCAACCCAAGAAACGUCUGAUCAAAGUCACAGUAACAACCGCGAAAAAAGACCCUAAAACCAACCGAAUAGAAGCGGAACGCGGCUACGUGGAAACCAUCGAUGCCAUACUGGACCCCUUAACCGGAGAAAUCAGCACGAAGUACGGCCUCAUUGAUCCUAAAAACCGGAAAAUCACCCAGAAAAACAUCUCGCACCCCAUCACCAUCGACGACCACCUCAACCAAAUCACUUUAGAAGAGUCAGUGGUGGACCCCAGGACGUCCAAACCGGACCCCACGCUGGCCCAACUGUUCAAACUAGGCCCUCACGGCGACUCCGUGGUCCCAAUCACAGCGGUGACCGCGAAAAGAGACCCGAAAACGGGCCAACUGGACCCCACGCAGGCCCACAAAGAAACCACCAACGGGAAAAUCGACCCACGCAACAACCUCUUGGUCACCAAAUACGGCACCGUGGACGCCAACAAGAAAACCAUCAGAAGCAAAGAGGCGAAAACCGGAAAAGUCGAGGAGCAUCCGGUGCAAUUCGACGCCAGUGAUAACGUCAUCGUCCUUUCGGGGGUCGUUGACCCCAAAACCGGCCUCAGGGACAACAACCUCAGCCAAAUCCUGCAGGUGGCCAAAGAACUUGAACCCGAGGUGCUCAUAACCUCCAUAUCCGGCAAAGUGGACAAGAAGGGUCUUGACCCUAAAACGGUUUCCCCGGCAGAACAAACCGGCGGCCUCUACGAUCCUGCCUCAAACAAAAUCUACACGAAAUACGGAGUUUUCGAUCCUCUCAGUGAAACUUUAAGCGUGACCGACCCUAAAACCGGCAAAACCGAACUGAAGCAAGGCCAUAGAGACCCCGCGACCGGCGAAGUACUUUUCAAAGGCCUAGUGAACCCAAAAACCAAUAAAGUCGACAACUCUUACGGCAGAACCAUCAGGGUCUCCUUGAAAGAACCCCAAGCGGACCCGAGCGUCCUUGAGGACCCCAAGCCAGAAAAACCCCAGCCAACCAAACUCACUGCAAAGGAGCGCAACAAAGUGAUCAAACUGAUGGUCAUCACGGUCAAAAAGGACCCUAAAACGGGCCUUUUGGACCUCGAAAACGGCCACGUGGACCAGUCGGCCGGCAUCUUACACCCCUCCGGAGAAAUCGACUCCAAGUACGGCCUAAUUGACCCCAACAAAGGGCAAGUGAUCAUCACUGACCCAGCCACCGGUAAACAGGAAACCGUUCAGGGCCAUAUCGACCCCACUUCCGGCCAAAUAGUCCUUUUAAACGGCCCGGUAAUCGAUCCGAGAACGGGCCAAAAAGACCCUAACGCCGGCCAAGUGAUCACUAUCGUAGGCGACUACGGUCAGAGCGUUGAACCAAAAACCCCGGUGAAAUACGCUCUAACAAGCCACCCGAUCCCCAAGAAACGUCUCGUAAAGAUCCUGGUGAUCACCAGCAAAAAAGACCCCAAAACGGGCAAAUUCGACCCGGAAAAGGGGGCGGUCGAGAAACUGACCGCGACAAUUGACCCCGUAAGCGGCAUCAUCGAGUCAAAAUACGGAAAAAUCGAUCCGCAGAACGGCAAAGUGAUCCAGAAAGACAAGUCGGGUAAAACCACCGUGACCCCGAUCAGCAUCGACCCGAGCACCGGGCAAAUAUUCAUCAACGACAACAUCGUGGACCCCAAAACCGGCAAAGUGGAUCCCAGUUUGUCUCAAGUGAUUAACGUGGUGGAUCCCCAGCAUCCUGCCGUUACCAUUACAACUGUGACCGCGAAAAAAGACCCCGCGGGUAAAAUCGAUCUGGGCAACGCUCAUACUGAGGUGACAAACGGGAAAAUCGUCCCGGAAUCCGGGGAAAUCGUCACCAAACAGGGCACCAUCAACUUGAAACUGAUGCGAAUCUUCUCCAGAGAUCCCAAGAGCGCGAUCAUGCAAGAGAGACCCAUUAGCGUCGAUAAGGAUGACAACAUCAUCGUGUCCACCGGGGUGGUGGACCCUAAGACCCAUAAAACUGACCCCAGUAUGGUCCAAAUCAUUCAAAUCGGCCCGGAAGUCGAUCCCGAAAUUGAAAUUAAAACUUAUGUGGGCAAAUUGGACCAUAAGAGGAACAUUAUUGAUUCCAAGGGGGCCCAUAUAGACUCCUCUCCAGGUUUAUAUGACCCUGACAAGAACAAAAUUUAUACGAAGUAUGGACACUUAGACCCGGUGAAUGAAACCUUAACAAUUAUUGAUCCAAAAUCGGCGAAAUCGGAGGUGCGCGCUGGUCAUAUUGACCCCAACACCGGCGAGUUGGUCUUUAAAGGCGGCUUCCAUAACCCAAAAACUGGAAAAAUUGAUAAAGACUUUGCUAGGGCCCUGUCGGUGCAUAUAACUGAGCCAGUUAUAGACCCAGUAACCUUACAGCAGCCUCUGCAAAAAGACCAGGUAAAACCCCAAAAGGUGAUCACCGCGAAACCGGAAAAAACCCCAGUCAAGGAAGUUAUCACGGGGAUCCUUCACCCGAUAGCCAAACACCGCAUAGUGAAAAUCAUGGUGAUCACCGCACGUAAAGACCCCAAAACUGGCCACGUGGACAUCGAGCAUGGCACAGUCGAGCAUAUUACCGGGGUCCUGGACCCCUCCACCGGUUUUGUCGAGACCAAGUAUGGCCAAUUGGACCCCACCACCGGUUCCUUGAUAUGCAACGACCCCACCACCGGACAACGAGGCAUAAUACCCGGAAAAGUCGAUCAAUCUACGGGGCAUAUUAUUAUUAACGGGGGUCCGGUGGUGGACCCGAACACCGGCAAACCGGACCCCAAUUUAGGGCAAGUGUUCGCCGUGGUAGGGCUGAAACAAGCGCAAGAGCCUCAUGCGGCUCCCAUACCUAAAAAGCGCAUGAUUCGGAUCACCGUGAUCACCACCAAAGUGGAUCCUAAAACUGGCAAAGCGGACAUUGAAAGGGGCCAAGUGGAACAAUCCACGGCCCUAUUGAAUCCAGAAACUGGCCUAAUAGAGUCCAAGUACGGCCUUAUUGACCCUAAGAAUGGCAAAGUAAUCAUAAACGACCCUAAAAGUGGUAAAGUGGAUGCUCGGGUGGCCCAAGUUAACGAUGCCAAUGGUCAAAUUAUAUUGGCCAGUGGGGUGGUGGACCCGAAAACCGGAAAAAUCGAUAACAGCCUCAACCAGAUUAUUAGCAUCUCGGGGCAAAACGACCCUGCGAUUGAAAUAACCACUAUAACAGCCAAAAUUGACCCCAAAACCGGUUUGAUUGACACGAAUAACGGCCAAAUGGAGAACUCGAAAGCGAAGAAGAACGCUGCCACCGGAGAUAUCGAAACCAAAUAUGGCACAAUCAACUUAAAGCUGUUAAGAAUCACUACUACCGACCCCAAGACGGGCAAAAAAGAGUCCAGGGCGAUCCAGAUAGACCCCGAGGGGAACAUUUUGGUGCCCACUGGGGUCAGGGACCCCAAAACGGACACCAUUAACCCCGAUCUGGUGCAGCUAAUCAAGCUGGGCCAGGAGGUGGAUCCCGAGGUGCAAGUCUUAACCUUCGUAGGCAAAGUGGACCCCAAGAAAAACCUCAUCGAUUCAAAGAACGCCCUUGCAGAAAUCUCCAACGGCUUGUACAAUCCCUCCACCCACCGGAUCGACACUAAAUAUGGCCAAAUCGACCCGGUCAAAGCCACUUUAACUCACAUAGACCCAAAAAGUGGCAAACACGAGAUCAGACAGGGAGUGGUAGACCCUACGACGGGACAGUUGCUCUUUAAAGGUGGUUUCACCAACCCUAAAACCGGUAAACCGGACCCUAAUUAUGGCAGACUGAUGGGCAUACUGAUAACUGACCCCAAAGUGAACUCCAAAGGGGAGAUCGUUAAAAGGGACCCCAAGUCGGUGAGAAUCGACACGAAAUCAAACCAAAUUUGGGUGUUCGAUUACAACGACCCCAUUAGUAAAGAGGACGUAUUUACCACCGGUAAUGUGGACCCGACCACCGGUUACGUCACGGCCGUAUACGGCUACGUGGACCCGAAAACCGGUCAAAUCAGCAAAGUGUCUCAAAACUGCACCAAGAUCCAACCGGAAACCAGUCAAAUAUUCACCAGAACCAACCAGGUGGACGACACCGGGGCCCCGCUGUACUCCGUAUCGGAAAUCGAUCCCGCCUCGGGGCAAAUCUACACGAAAUACGGCAAAAUCGACCCGAGAACCGGGAAAAUGAUCAUCGUGCGGAUUUAUUUGAUCACCCAAAACGACCCCAGUGGCAAAGUAAAGGAAAUCGACCCUCGAGACUGUCAAUUCGACGAGAAAACUGGACGCAUAAUCAAUGUGACCACGCAAACCGUAUAUAUCUACAGCAUGGUCGAUCCGAAAACCGGAAAAAUCGUGCAAGUGGAUGCAAACGAUCCGCUGGUGAAAAGUGCCAACACCAAGAUCACCCAAGUGCUAACCCUGUCGGGUGAAAUCGACCCCGUAACAGGGAAAAUUCACACCGAAUGGGGUCACAUCGACCCACAAACGGGGGAUAUCGAUCCGAAAACCGCUCGCAAAGACCCGGUGACCGGGGAGUUGAUCCUGAAUUACGCCCAAAUCGAUCCGAGUCAUUUUAAGGAUCUGAAGGACUCGAAGAUUAUUUUUGAGGAGAGGACGGGAGAGGGUGGUGAGGACACCAGUGAUGAGGAGUUGAAUGAGUACGCCACCGAGAAGUUGAAGGGGUUGCCUAACGUCAAAGGGGUGACUACUCCUGUUAUUGUUAAGACGACUACAAAACAGAUCAUCACGAAGGACAAGGAUGGGGUUACGCAGAACGUCGAGGAACGAGUGGAAGACGGAAGAACUGGCGAAAUUAAAGUGUCCACAUCGAUUAAUAAGGCGGACACACUGUUGCCAGACGACGUACAGUCACCGUACGUGACCGCCAGGGCGGUUACCACAAGAACGGCAACCACGCACGAGGACUUGGGUACCAAUGCGAAAACGCAACAACUCGAAGAGAAAACGGUCGCACACUCGAUGACCAGUAGCGCCACCAGACAAGAACAACGAACGGUUACUCAGGAGGUUAAGACCACUAGCACAGUGGUGGGAGGCGAUCAGUUGGGCAGACGAGACAGCUAUAGUUCGACUAGCUCAGGUGACUCGGGGACUCCCAUAGAUCCACCGGACGAUCCCGCGCAUCCCUAUUAUCAAAGCGAACUGUACAGGGAUGAUCUGCCCGGUGGUAUAGUCAAAACCGAAUCUGUGAUGUACAGCGGCGAUCCAGAAGAAGUUUUCCGCACGUCAACGACGAACGUACCAAUCGUAGCGACGGAGGCGAGAAAGGUGCAACUGACCUCGGAAGACGGCAGCUACACGAAAACCGGCGAAAUCGUCAGCACGCAAACGAUUAGUUCGAAAACCAGGACCGUAGAAACGAUUACGUAUAAAACCGAACGGGAUGGUGUGGUGGAGACUCGAGUGGAGCAAAAGAUCACCAUCCAAUCCGACGGCGAUCCGAUCGAUCACGACAGGGCGUUAGCCGAGGCGAUUCAAGAGGCCACCGCCAUGAAUCCCGACAUGACCGUCGAGAAGAUUGAGAUUCAACAGCAGGCCGCCCAGCAACAGUAGAACGGAUUUUUUCCUUUAAAUCGCUUUAAAGAUAACCCGACGUUGGCCAGAGAUAUUCGCAGCUUUUGUAUAUUAUUAUAAAUUUUUUUCAUAUUUAGUUUAAGUUACCGUGAGUCGAUUUACGAGAUCUCACUAUAAUUCACACACACACACACAUACGUUCUUAUAUUAUGCAGCUUUCGGUGUAUGGUAUGCGCUAUAUAAAGGCAACAUAAUUUAUAUAGCGUAUAUUCCGUAGGAUUAUUUUCUUAAGGUGCUUAACGGAAUCUCACAUCAUUUUCAAAAUUUAAUUGAUUCGCCGCAAACUAACUACAUUCCAUACGAAACUUCUUUCUACUUAAAUAUAAUAUGAUUUUCAUUCUUGUUUUUCGGGACCUCCCUCUCUCCCAACCCCAGUUGUAUGUAUGUAAGAUUAUAUAAGAAUUAUUUAUUAAUGAAAAAUAUAAGGUGUGCCGGUGUUAUAAAUAGAGUUUAUGACUAUAAUACAGUGUGUACCAUAUGAAUUUUGAAAGAUAGUUAAGUGGGAGGUUGUUUGCCUGGUGCAUUCGCCAUUAAAUGUAGAGGACGCUUUCACCAUAAUAUAAUAAGAAAUACGUAAUCAGUUCGUUUUUAGAAACAUUGGAAGUUGAUCACAGGACCACAAACUUAUAAACAAAUAACUAAUAAUUUAGCAAAAAAAUGAAGAAGGCGCCAGAAAAGAGCAUCUCAUUUUUUUAUUACCUUUACCCUUUACCUCUUUUAUUUUAUACUAUUUCAGUAGCACAUUGAGUAAAUAAUGGUGAAUUCGCCAGAAAAACUAUAAACUUAAAUAAAAAAUAGAUUACAAGGUUUUUCUGACUAUUUAUCUGGGACACACUCCGUAUAUGUUUGACAUAAUUGAAAACCCAUGACAUAUAUUAAUUAUUAUAUCGUACUAGGUCCUGUUUUGUUUGUUUCUUUUUCAGUCCCGUCUUUUGCAAUUUUCGUAGCUUGUGUACUAAUAUUUUAGAUUUUAGUCUUUUUUAUAUAUAAAUUAUAUACGAGCAUUUUCACGGUAUUAUAUUAUUAUUAUAUAAAGAUUUUUUUAUUUUAUUUUAAUUAAGUCCCGCCGUUUUUUCCCCUCGCUGAAAGUAAUUUAUGUAUAUUUACAAUAACUUUGUAAAUAAUUUAACAAAAAAAAAAGCGAGUUAAUAAGAGAUGGCGGGACGUUGUGCUUUUUUUUACAUUUACGCCUAGCCUUAUAUAUUUCUAUAUUAUUAAAUUUAUAUUAAUUAGCACUGUUUCCUUCUUAUACAGAUUUGUUUUUAAAAAGUUUUAUUUAAUAAACGUAUGUUUGAAA